GCAGCACGAUAAUGUCAUAGCAGCCCGCUGCACGCACACUUCACCUACCUGCACUGUCUUUUCUCCGAAUUGCGCGCUUAUUGAGCAACGCCUCACGGCCGAUUGACCGCGUUCGAAGACUGUGGAGGCCGACACGAUCAGCACUGUGCGCAACACCGCGCAUAUAGCCCACCACCACAACCAUGGCGUCGAUGCAGACCACGCCAGAUAUGUCUGGCCAGGCCCAAGGCGGUCAAGGUCAGCUGCCUGCUAACCUUACCAAAGAACAGGUUGCGCAGAUUAUUCAGCGUUACCAGGCGAUGAAGGCAGCUGGCGUCCCCGACACAAAUCCCGACCUUAUUAAAGCCCGCAACCUCCUCGCCAUGGUCCAGAAGCGCAAUCAGUACAUGCAGCAGCAACAGAUGAUGAAGCAGCAGCAACAUCAGCGACAACAGAGCCUUUCCGAGCAGCAGAACGGGCAGCAGAACGGUGCCGCCGUUUCCAUGAACGGCGCCAAGCUAGCUGAUAACUCUACCACGCCCUCCACGAGUGUUCCCUCUGCAGGUGCACACCCUGCUGUUGCCGGCGGCCAAGCUCCUUCUGGAGAUGGCCAAACUCCUGUUUCCGCUACCAGCGGCGCGCAGGGUGGCUUCACAAAGGAACAGCUCUUCAUGCUGAGAAACCAAAUCACAGCCUUCAAACACCUUUCAAAGGGCUUGCCCUUGCCCACGAAUAUGCAGCAAAUGUUCAACAACCAGCAGGCAAAGAAGACUCAGAGCACAUCUGACGCCGUCGCUGCCGCCUCUCAAGUACUGGACAACGCUACACGCGCUGUGAGCGCUUCGGUCGGACCCAGCGGAGCUGUCCAAGAACCAAGGAACCUACCUCGUCUGCCUGACACCUUUAUCGAGCCUUGGAAGAGCGAGGCCUUCCAUGACGUCAACUACAUCGCACACACCCAGCGCAAGAGCCGACCGUACCUUCCGUCUAUCAUGCCUCAGGGUGUUGACAUUGAUGCUGUUCAACAAGGCAUGCAAGAGCUGCGAAAGGAGCGCGAGAUCAUUCUGUACAACCGGGUUACUGCACGGAAAGCCGAGUUGGAGAAGUUCAACGCCAACAUUGGCUCAUGGGACACAAGUAAAACCGAUACACCGGAGGACGACGGCAAGGUGAAAUUGGCACUCGUCAUCGAGCAGAAGAAGCUCAAUCUGUUAGAGAAGCAGCGCAAGCUGCGGCGAGAGAUCGCACAGCAGAUGGUUCAUGCUGACAACCUAGCCAUGACUGCCAACCGGACCGUCUACCGCCGGCUUAAGAAGCAGUCGAUGCGCGAAGCUCGCCUUACCGAGAAGCUCGAGAAGCAGCAACGCGACGCUCGCGAGACAAAGGAAAAGAAGAAGCACCACGAGUUCAUCGAUGCGAUCAGGAAGCACCGCACAGAGCUGAACGAAGCCAGCAUGGCUCAACGACAGCGUCUGCAAAAGCUCGGCCGCAUCAUGAUCACGACUCACCAGAACAUCGAGAAAGAGGAACAAAAGCGCAUCGAACGUACCGCCAAGCAGCGUCUGCAGGCCCUCAAGGCCAACGACGAAGAGACUUACCUCAAACUUUUGGGACAGGCCAAGGACACGCGUAUUUCUCACUUGUUGAAGCAGACCGAUGGGUUCUUGAAGCAGCUUGCCGCCAGUGUCAAGGCACAACAGCGAAAUCAUUCAGACCGUUACAAGCUCAACAAUACCGACGAUGUCUCUUCUGACGAGGAAGAGUCAGCCGCCGACACCGACGACGAGGUGCGACCAGGCAAGAAGCGCACCGACUACUACGAGAUAGCACAUCGUAUCAAGGAGACUGUCACUACGCAGGCAUCGUGCUUGGUCGGUGGUACAUUGAAGGAGUACCAGGUUAAGGGUUUGCAAUGGAUGAUUUCGUUGUACAACAACAACUUAAACGGAAUCCUGGCCGACGAAAUGGGCCUUGGAAAGACGAUCCAGACCAUUAGUCUGAUCACGUACCUUAUUGAAAGGAAGCAGCAGCCCGGACCUUUCUUGGUCAUCGUUCCGCUCAGUACACUCACCAACUGGACCAGCGAAUUUGAGAAGUGGGCGCCCAGUGUGUCAAAGAUUGUCUACAAGGGGCCACCGAAUCAGCGAAAACAAUUCCAACAGCAGAUUCGGUGGGGCCAGUUCCAGGUCUUGCUCACCACUUACGAAUUCAUCAUCAAGGAUCGCCCUAUCCUUAGCAAGAUCAAGUGGGUACACAUGAUCGUCGACGAGGGCCAUCGCAUGAAGAACGCCAAUUCGAAGUUGAGCAGCACGAUCACGCAGUAUUAUACCACACGCUUCCGUCUCAUCCUUACAGGUACACCGCUCCAGAACAACCUCACCGAGUUGUGGGCCAUGCUCAACUUCGUGCUUCCAACCAUCUUCAAGUCCGCAACAUCCUUUGACGAAUGGUUCAACACUCCAUUCGCCAAUACUGGAGGCCAGGACAAGAUGGAGUUGACCGAAGAAGAGCAGUUGCUCGUGAUUCGUCGUCUUCACAAGGUUCUUCGACCCUUCCUUCUGCGUCGAUUGAAGAAGGACGUUGAGAAGGAUUUGCCUGACAAGACUGAGCGUGUCAUCAAGUGCAACUUCUCCACCUUGCAAGCCAAGCUAUACAAGCAGCUUGUCACACAUAACAGGCUCAUGGUCAGCGAUGGAAAAGGUGGCAAGACUGGUAUGCGUGGUCUGAGUAACAUGCUCAUGCAGCUGCGUAAACUCUGUAACCACCCCUUCGUCUUUGAAGAAGUUGAAGAUCAGAUGAACCCUACGCGAGGCACGAACGACCUUUUGUGGCGUGCGGCAGGUAAAUUCGAGCUUCUGGAUCGAAUUCUGCCAAAGUUCCAAGCCACGGGUCAUCGUGUGCUCAUGUUCUUCCAGAUGACACAGAUCAUGAACAUCAUGGAAGACUAUCUGCGAUUGCGAGGCAUGAAGUACAUGCGUUUGGAUGGUGCGACCAAGGCAGAUGACCGUUCGGAACUGCUUACAGCUUUCAACGCCCCCAACUCGCCUUACUUUUGUUUCCUCUUGUCUACCCGUGCUGGUGGUCUUGGUCUCAACCUGCAGACGGCCGAUACAGUCAUCAUCUACGACUCUGAUUGGAAUCCUCACCAGGAUUUGCAGGCCCAGGAUCGUGCUCAUCGUAUUGGUCAAAAGAAUGAGGUCCGCAUUCUGCGUCUCAUCACCUCCAACUCGGUCGAAGAGAAGAUUCUCGAACGAGCUAACUACAAGCUUGAUAUGGAUGGAAAGGUCAUUCAGGCCGGUAAGUUCGACAACAAAUCGACGAACGAGGAGCGAGACGCCAUGUUGCGAGUCAUGUUGGAGUCUGCUGAAGCGGCCGAAAGUCUCGAGCAGGAAGAGAUGGAUGACGAUGACCUCAAUAUGAUCAUGAUGCGAAACGACGAUGAGUUCAAGCUCUUCCAAGAGAUGGAUAAACAGCGCCUCGCAAAUGAUCCAUACGGUCCAGGGAAAGCGCUACCACGUCUAAUUGGCGAGAGCGAACUUCCCGACAUCUAUCUGAACGAAGAAGGGCCCGUCGUUGAAGAGGUUGCAGACACGCCUGUUGGUCGUGGCGCUCGUGAGCGCACUCGCGUCAAGUACGACGAUGGCUUGACCGAAGAGCAGUGGCUCGAGGCUGUUGACAACGACGAGGAUACGAUCGAAGCUGCCAUUGCCCGCAAAGAAGCCAGGAUAGCUAAGCGUGGGGGUCGCAAGCCCGGGAGAGAUGAUUCUCCCGCGCUGUCGCGAGAGAGCUCAGAAGAGCCACUGCCAAAGAAGCGUGGUAGGAAGCCAAAGCUGCCCGAGAAGCGCAAGGCAGAUGAAGCAUCCCUGGAUGGAGAUGUCGUGCCCCGCAAGCGUGGGCGCCCGGCGCCAGCCAAGGACACAUUACAGCCGCAGCAACGGGCGUCGUUGCAGAAGGUUGUCAAUGCUGUCUACGAAGCUCUUAACGAUCUCGAAGAGGAGUCUACUGAAGACGGCAUCCCGAACCGCGGGAUCAUCGAUCCGUUCAUCGAGCUGCCGGACAAGUGGGACUACCCAGACUACUACCAGUUGAUCAAGAAUCCGAUCUGCAUGAACCAGGUCAAGAAGAAGAUCAACAAAAAGGAGUACCAGUCGCUCAAGACAUUCCGCCAAGAUCUCGGUUUGCUGUGCAGCAAUUGCCGUCUCUACAACGAGGACAGUAGUUUGCUGUACCAGGACGCCAACCUCAUCGAGCAGACAGCGGUAGACAAGCUGAGAGAGGCGACGCAGGAAUACCCCGAGUGGCAAGACUUUGACGAUGCGGCGAGCGUGACGGGCGGGCUAAGCACGGGGGUCACAAGCGCGGUCGGUACGCCACGGGCUGGUUAGAAGAAGCGACGCUGAAGAAAGCCGCACACGUCUGAGGCUGAGGCCGAGUAAAUUACCUUCUCGAUAUGUCUUUUUGCGGGCUGUAUAAUUGAAAGAGACUGG